AGUUCCAGAUAAAUGUGGGCUUGGAAGGUGGGCUUUAAUAACGGAAAGGGAAUAAAGAGAAGGCGCGCAGUGUGCGUCUGUGUAGAUAGAGCAUAGAUCUGAAGGGCGAGCGCCAUUUGAAUUGUUCGAGCGUAGUUCGAAUUGAAUGGUGGAGCAGGGAGAGGUGUGCGUGUCGCAAUCGUUGCAGUUAUGGAGAGGUACGAUCGAUUGGUUCUCUUUUUUUCUCCGAUCGUUCGGCAGAUCCUGAGAGGCGCACCUUCGAUGGCGCAGGUUCUGUUGUCUUAUAUCGGAUUUAGGGAUCCUCUUCUUGCUUCCUCCUCUCCCUCUUCCAAGCCUCUUCCCGAAGAUUCACGGUAUAUGGAAUGCGAAGGAAAACCGAAGAUAAAUCUUGUAACAGUGUUUGAAAGACCUGGUUUGCUGGAGUUCUUGAAACAGAUUGGUGAAUUUUCAGAUCUUGUUAUGUUCACAGCUGGACUCGAAGGUUAUGCUAAACAACUUGUUGAUAGGAUAGACAUGGAUAACCAAUUUAAACUUCUUCUUUAUCGUCCUUCAACUGUUAGCACGGAACUCUGUGAACACAUCAAGGACCUGUCUAGCUUGACAAAAGAUCUCUGUAGAAUUGUGAUUGUUGAUAACAACCCUCAUAGUUUCUUGCUGCAACCGCUAAAUGGAAUCUCUGAUGGACAGCCACACGAUCAUCAGCUCUUAGAGGCCAUCCUCCCACUCCUUAAGCCCCUCCCCCGGUAGAAGGAUGUUAGGCCUGAACAAGAGAGAUUUCACAUGCCUGAGUUGUUUCAAAUGCAUGAAAAUCCAUUGUGAGAGUGCUGGAUGGUAGUGAUUCUGCCAGGCUCCUGAGUAGUGUAUAUAGUUUGGAAACAUGGUCGAAGAUUCAAUUAACCCUGUUUAUAUAUAUAUAUAUGGAGAGUAGGUUGUAGAGAGGAUAUUUGUUA